AUGUCGUUUCUUGAUUUCUUAUCUAAUGAUCAGGACGAUGAGGACUUAAUUUUAUCUCAGGCCUGUGAAGAAAUCGAAAUGAACUAUUGUUUUGGAGAAAUUAAACUAGAGGAUUACGACAUGGAUUUUGACCCAGACCUAGGGAAUCUUAUGGACUUUGACUUGGGCCUUGAGAUCGAGACAGAGAAUGGCCGAGUUAAUCGUGAGAAUCUUGACACGUGUGACAUGGAUGUGAAAAUAAAAACUGAACAAAGGAGUUGGGGAAAACGGAAACAAGCAGACCCAAUUCUUCCCGAAGAUGACGCUAAUAUCUGGGAAAAAGGAAUUUUCGGGAUUAACAAUGCGGAAACCCUACAGAACAGUUUUUUUUAUAGUUGCAAGUUUUUCGGAUUACGGGGCCAUGACGAACAUCAUUCCCUCCAGUGUGACCAGUUUUUUCUCGGUGCGGAUAAUAGGGGGGAAUUCAUUGAAUUCACAGGCAGAUCAACAAAGACCUUCAAAGGUGGACUAGCUCACAAAGAACUACACAACAAGCAAAUACGGCACUACUGUCAGCCCGGGGAGCGCUGCAUGGCUGAUUAUUUUAAAGUACACCUAGAUGCUCUGGGAAAUGAAGGAUCGUUUUACCGCCGACCACUGGCAGGCUCGCCCCCUCGUUAUGGCUCGCAAUUAGUGGGUGUUAAUAAAUUAAAAUCAAUGAUGAAGGUCAUCUGUGAAAAGGCCGGUCUUAAGGGAAACUAUACAAACCAUUCAGGGAAGAGAACAUGCGCAACGGCACUCUAUCAAAACGGAGUCGACGAACAGGAGAUUAUGGGUCGAACUGGGCAUCGGUCGGAAGUGGGAGUACGGGCCUAUAAACGUGGAAAUGCAGAGAUAGCGUGCACGGUGUCCAAAGUUUUGAAUCCUCCAGAACCUAAAUUACCAAAGAUGGAACCCAAGGAUGCCCUUGGACCUCUCAUGGAUAUAUCAACAUCCAAUGAAAUUAACAUUCCUGAUAAAGUGGAAGUUUUGGGUCAGACCGGUGGUAACAGUACAUUUAACAACUGCACUUUCAUUUCGUAUUAGUGUACUGUAUAUUGUGGGAUAUAUGACUGUGUGUUGCGAUUUGAAAAAAAAAAAAACAACUUUUAUUUCAGUGACAAAAGUGUGUUGCAAUUUGAAAAAAAAACAAACUUUUAUUUCAGUGACAAAAGUAUUGUCUUAAUAUUUUAAAAAACGCAUUUUAUUGAGUCUGUAAAUUCAAAUUUGAAAAAAAUUAAAAUUGUUGAAAUUGACUUGGUGUUCAAUAAUUUAUUUACACAGCACAGUUUUUGCUGGCUCCGCCCAUUUACACAGCACAGAUUUUUCUGGCUACGCCCAUCGGUGUAUCUCCAGUUAUUGUACACUUGACUUCAAAGGAAAAACACCGCAGCCAUGA